ACUUAUUUUACACUAUAAUCAGCGUUGGGCAGUACUCAGUAAAGCGUUACUGUAGUAGGCCUAGUGUAACUAAUGACUUUUCUAUAACAGUGAUAUUAUUACAGUUGCAUUACUCGUUACUGAACGCGCCAUCCUUGAUGUGAGCAGCUCAGCAGCACCCGACUUUGUUGUUCACGUCCGCUGAUAGCCAAAAACUAAAGGAAGAAUGGAGAACGAGGGAGAGAGGCGUGCUUUCCACAGCUAGCAGAUGUUUUGAUGUGACACCUAGAUAACACCAGUAAUCUGGGAUCUGGAAGGCUGAUUUUUAGCUUGAUGUCUCUCAUUUGGCUGACAUUGUUGUUCUCAGCUCAUCUGGCUGAAUGUGUGCCAGAAAAGCCAAAAAGAUCAGCUCUGAACCAGCUGACCAGGACCCUCCUCAGGAAAUAUGACUGCGGUGUUCGACCUGUUCACAACUGGACCAGUCUCACCACUGUCUACAUAGAUCUCAUACUACAGUCUGUGCUUGACGUGGAUGGAAACACACAGAGCAUAACUUUAAGUAUUUGGUACAGACAGAUCUGGACAGAUGAGUUCCUGGUUUGGGACCCAGAUGAGUUUGAUGGGAUCAAUGAGAUCUCACUGUCAUCUGAUGCCAUCUGGAUACCUGAUAUUAUCGUUAGUGAAUUUGUGGACGAGGGGAAGUCCCCUCCAAUCCCCUAUGUGUACGUCAACUCCUCUGGCUCAGUGAAGAACUACCGGCCCAUGCAGGUGGUGCUCGCCUGCCGCCUGGAGAUGUAUGCCUUUCCAUUUGACAAGCAGAACUGCAGCCUUACCUUUCGCAGCUGGCUUCACUCAGUGAAGGAAAUAGACUUGGCUCUGUGGAGGAGUGCAGAGGCCAUUGCUAAUCAUAAGAGGGAGUUCAUGAAUGACGGAGAAUGGGAACUGUUGUCCAUUCCUUCCAGCUACUGGCAAAUCCACCAAGACAACACUGACUACGCCCUCAUCCAGUUCAAUGUGUUGAUCCGCCGGCGCCCCCUGCUGUAUGUGGUGGGACUUCUCAUCCCCAGCAUCUUCCUCAUGCUGGUAGAUGUGAUCAGCUUCUACUUGCCUUUGAACAGCGGUACACGCAUCGCCUUUAAAAUCAGCAUACUGCUUGGCUACACGGUCUUCAGAGUCAAUAUGACUGAUGAACUGCCUUCCAACGCAGUAAACACUCCACUCAUAGGUGUGUUCUUCGUGGUGUGCAUGGCCAUGCUGAUGCUCAGCCUGAUCAAGUCUAUACUGGUGGUGAAGCUGCUCCACUACAGUGAGAAGGAGGUCAGGCAAAUGUCAUUGUCUGCCUGCCUGCUGGACAAAUAUGGCUCAGCUGGUCAAGGCUUCACUGACAGCAUUAAAACUGGAGAUUUUGAGCUUGAGCCCUCACUCGAGGAAGAUCUGAUGUCCCUGAAUGAGAUCCAGGAUGCUCCCACUGGGCUGGAGUGGCUUCUCCAGGAGCUGGUUUCCCUCCGCCUGGCCUUAUCCCAGGAGGACACUGAGUCUUCGGCUCAGGCUGAAUGGCUGGCCCUCUGCUCUAAGCUCGACUGCUUCCUGUUCCGCUUUUACCUGUUGGUUCUGGUCUUGUAUGCUGGUACUCUGCUGCUGCUCUGGGCCAGUUGGAGCUUUGCCUGACCACUCAAUCAGAUACAUAAUGAUUUUUUAUUACUGUAACUGAAAACUUUAAAUAUUUACAAUUAUUCAUGAUGCUUUACUUGUGUAUUUAGAAUAUAAGUGAAUAAGUGAUCUACAAAAUCACAAAAGUAAAUAAAAAUAAACUGAAUAGAAUAGGAUACACUUUAUAUUGUAUGUAUAUUGUUAACCCAUACUUUUAAAGUAUAUUAUUAAAAGUGUCUUCUUAUUUUUGUAGUUUUGGCCAUUGUUUUUAUUAGUCAUGAUAAUAGCAGAACAGCAGACAGACUGAUGUUAUUCAGCAUAGCAUUAGUUCAGGCAGUGCACUGAAGAUGCACUUGCUUCAGCUGAUUGGCAUCAGCCACCAUAUAUGACUAAUUGAUGUAUCAUGCCUUUGCUACCAGAUGACCAGUUUCAUCUAAUCAUAUUCAAGUGUUUCAGGCAGCCUUUACAGCCUGUCUCCAUUAUUCUGAUUCUCUAAUGCCAUCAGCUGACACCUCCCUCCACCACCCUAACUUCCACCUCAUGUCACUGAAGUGUUAUCUUUCUAAGCUCAUGUUCAUGUAGAUUUCCAUAUCUGAUGCUAAAGUGUUUGGGGAUUAGCUCUCUCAGUAGAAUCCUCAUUGCUGCUCAGAGCAGAGCUUUUUCAGCCAAAUGUAUAACAAUUUGCAAUAAAUGGUAAAUUCUUUGACACGUGUCAGAGAAGGAAAACUGUACACACACAACCACGAUAAGUACUGUAGUUGAAGCAGGAAAUUUGUCUGGAAACUAUGAUGAAUGUUUAUAUAUAAACAUUAUGUAUUAUAAUACAAUUUGGAUAAUAAAUGUAAUGUUUGCCUUUGUAUUCUCUCACAAAUAUGUUUGGCUUAUUUGUUGGUUUAUCUAUUUAUGUUUCUUGCCACAUCUGACUUCUUUUUAGCAAUGUUGUUUCCCUAAAUCUCAGCUAUUAAAUUAGUGAGUAAAAUUUGAUUAUGACCGAUGCACAUGAUGCCAAAACUACAAGAAUACAAUUCAAAUGGUCUGAAAGUAACUAUCCUUUAAAUAUUCUGUUUGCUUAACUCCAGAUAUUUCAUUGCCACUGAAUAGCAACAUCAUAGUCUGACAGAGACAUUAUUGUAUCAGAUCUGUUAUGGUUUCCUGACAGUGAAGAUUUACUCAAAGAUACUGUAUAAUAAAGCAGCUCUCUGGAGAAAACCCUCAGUGCCAGUGUGAUGUUAUGAUAUUGUAUUCAGACUUUAAUCUCCAUCCCACUGUCAUAGAAUAGAUCAAUAAAACCCAUUCAGAGUUCAGCUGCUGCAUCUCUAUUCCCUGUUGGUUUCCUAAUAGUCAUGAUAAGAAUAUCAAAAGUGCGUCAUAGAAAACUUGCCAGUGGAAAGAUCCAUAUUAAUGCACUUCUCAUAGUAUCUGCAGACCUCUUUUUCCAGUGGAUCUGGUUACAUGAUGUUAUGCAACAGAACUGAUGAUAAAUGUUUAGUCAGUCCUUUGUUACUGUCUGUGUAAGGUAAUAAGGCCGUAUGUUAACUUCAAGCUUUGUGUAUUCACUCUGAUGGAAACUGUAAAGAUAA